CUCCAUCUUUCUUGUCGAGGAGCACUUCCACCCUGAAUAAAAAAAAGUCACAGUUCUGAGGGCUGUUAGUCAGUCAUCCCAGCUUCAAAGUGAUUGUGGAAGAUCUUGUGAUGAAACUUUAAUAUUUGUGCUACGUGGCUUUACUGGAACUGGGAAGGAAAACCGUGUUUGCUUGAAUGAGGGACGCCUUUCUUAAUAAUCAGGGGCUAGUAUGUUGCUAGCAGCUUAGUCCCCGUGAAACUUAGCUUAACUGGUGGAAACCCAUGUUAAGAAAUUGUCGAUCAUCGGACUUUGGUUUAAUCCUUUUGUUUUUGUGGACUAUUUUCUGAAAAAGUUUAGCGAUGGAGGAAGUUGAUAAGAUCUUGAUUCACGCUCUCAGACACGUCGGAACGGAGGUGGGCGAGGGCAUCGACAGAGUAAACCAGUUCACCAGUGAGCUCAUCGUGGAGGCUGUGGUCAGAUGUAUCCGGGUGAUCGAUCCCGGCCUGGGCGGAGCGUUACCUGCCUCCCUGCCGCCGGGUAUGUCUGCCCGCUUCAGAGUGGGCAUGAGCCUGGCUCAGGUCUGCCAGGACAUUGGCUAUAAAGGAGAGAUUGGCUACCAGACCUUUCUGUACAGUAAUGAGCCAGAGAUUCGCUCGCUGCUCAUGUUCCUGGUGGAGAAGCUGCCCAGAGAGACCUCUGAAGCCUCAGACCAGCCAACAGGUAAAUCAGCUGUCCUCCAUAGAGCCAUUGCUGCUGCAAUCAAUGCCCAACUGGCUGUUUCCUGGGUGCCUCUGAACUGCAUAUUGCCAUUACACUGUGAAACACAGAGUAAAGCAGCAUCACAAAGGUUUCAAGUCCAUCCAUUCAGCUUACCACACUGCACUAAAGGCCAGAAGUAUCUCACAGAGGUGAAGGAGUACCAGCGAGACAUCCUUCUUCCUGUCACCACUCAGUUUCCCAGUCAGUCCUCAAUGGUGUCGUCCAUCUUGGAGCAACACACGGCAGAGUUGUCCAACACUCAAGAGCGGGAUACCGAGUGGAAGAGUCAGGGACUGCUGUCCCGCCUCACGCCACAGGAGUACCAUUCUAAGAAGCUGACACGGCUGUGUAAACGCAUCAAGGAGCAGCUGCGCUCUGCUGCUGCCCCAUCUCCUGAAAGUGUCUUCAGUGUUUCUCGCUCCACCUCUGAACUGUCAGACCUUCUGCAGACCUUCAGAGGCUCUGGGCAGUCUGAUUUUAUCCUUAACAAGGGUACCCAUUUCACACAUACUCAGAAGUUUACCUUUACACAGGAAGCCGCAGCUACAAUGACCUCAGUCAACAUUGGGCGUCAGUCAGGGAGUGAACCCCAGCUUCAACAGCAGGAGGAGCUAGCUUGCCUCCUGCUGCAGUUUCAGCAGCUCUGCAAUGAUACCGACCAGAUAGCAGCAGACAUGAAGUACAUGAGAGUCACUACUACUCAGGUAUUUGAUGAACUGAAGCAAAGGGAGCUAGAAAAUGCAGAAAAUAAGAAAAAGAUGCAGGUAAAGAAGAAAACUAUUGACCUGUUGCCAGAUGCAGACAACAACUUGCAGAAGCUCCAGUCUGAGGUAGAGGAAAGUGCCAGCCGGGUGGUAAAUUUGGCAUCUCAGUGGGAAAAACAUCGUGCUCCACUCAUCGAAGAACUUCGUAGACUAAGAGAAAUCUGCAGCAGCAAGGCCCUUGAGUCUUCCACAAAGCUUUCAGAGAUCAAGUCUCUGCAUGAAAAAAUACGCAUGGCCACAGAGGAAGCAAAAAAGAAAGAAGAAUCAUAUAAACAGCUGGUGACUGAAUUAGAAAGCCUUCCUCAGGAUGUGUCUCGAUCAGCAUACACUCAAAGGAUUCUAGAGAUUGUUGGCAAUAUCAAAAAACAGAAGGAGGAAAUCACUAAGAUUUUAUCAGACACAAAGGAGCUCCAGAAGGAGAUCAACAGCCUGACUGGGAAACUAGACAGGACAUUUGCUGUGACUGAUGAGCUGGUCUUUAAAGACGCCAAGAAAGAUGAGUCUGUCCGCAAAUCCUACAAGUACCUGGCUGCUUUGCAUGAGAACUGUAAUCAGCUGAUCCAAACCAUUGAGGACAGCGGCACAAUUCUGAGAGAGAUUCGAGAUCUGGAGGAACAGAUUGAGACAGAAAACUGUAACAAAACAGUGGCGAACCUGGAGAGGAUUCAGGAUGACUACAAGGCGAUCCGACAGGAGAAUUCUGCGCUAGCUGCCAAAGUCAGAGAGGGCUGAAAGGAGGCUCUGCUUCACUGAGAGAACAAUUCUGGAGGUUUAAAGUAGUCUGAAUAAGACACUAUAGAUUGGUUCACUAACAUGGAGACAAGCUGGUUUUUGUACCACAAAUAAAAAUCUGUUAUUUUAAUGCACAUCAUGAA